ACGCGACGUCGGACUGGCCGAUCGGUUCGAGGAAUAUCCAAACUGCGUGAGCUGAUUAAGCCGAUAAACUCAUCUAGGACACUGCAUCGGCUCCCAUGUAUCUGAAAGCAGAUAUUAAAGCAUUGGAUGUGAAAACCUUGGCCAGUAAAUUUGACGUUGUUCUUAUUGAGCCACCGUUUGAGGAAUAUGCCCGAGCAGUACCCGCUGGAGCGACAGUGGGUGGAGCACCACGGGUCUUCUGGAACUGGGAUGAUAUACUAAAUUUGGAUGUUGGCGAAAUAGCUGAACAUUAUUCGUUCGUUGUCGUUCUGCUGCGAUCAGGUUCAGCGGAGGGUUUGGGUCAUUGA